ACUACUGCGGGCAGUGUGUCUUUUUUUGUCCCAACAGAAUUCCACCUUUAAGUAAUGAGUGCGGACUCACUCUCUCUCUCUCGAUUAAUCAUUCCUUUACAAACAUAGAUAGAUGGCAUGCCUUGAUGUUCCUCUUUGAGAAAGUCUUCCAUUCAAGAUGCAUCUUUAUGCUAAAUUACAGUAGAAAAGACCUGUACGAUUUUGUUUCUUCCACACAGGUGGCAUAACUUGAAUCUUGCAUGGAUUCACAAGGAGCAUUUAGAGCAGGGAGAAUCUCCUUUAAAAAUGAGCACCAAUCAACAGCUUAUAAUUUAGAGGGGAAGUCCGAAUCUUCGACAAGAUCAGCACAUGGAUGCUUGACUACAAAUGAAAACCCAUCCUGCUCUUCUUCCUGCCGCUCCUUGGACAUUCUGCAGGGCCCUGUCCAUGCCAUGGAGUUCCUGUGUCGCCCAUGGAGCCCCUCUGCAACUAACUUCAUGCAGAUAAUUUCAUCAAGUACUAAUCUGUUGUCUCCUUCACAAGACAGUUGCUAUCUAGGACGGCAGGAGGAAAAGCUACAUGACGAUCAUACCAUAGGAGAGCAAGGAGGAAAAGCAAAGACGGAGAAAACCAAAGAAACCAAAGGGUAUGCAGCCCAAAGCAACAGAAGUACUUUCAGUCGGGCACUGUUUACAAUUGAAAGGUCUGUUCCAUCUUUUAUUCAAAAGCCCAAGUUCUUUGCCAGCUUGUUAAGACGUAGAGUGAAAACAAAAGAGGAAGACCGACUUCGUACUGCCAAUGUUCAUGCUACCCUUUCUGUGGCAUGCUUGGCUGCCGCAAUAGCUGGCAUUGCUGCCAACAGCACCAAAGAGGCAGCAAAAGAUUUCAUCCCUAUCAGUAAUGGAGAUGGAGGCAAAGUAGCAUGGGACAAGAACAUGGGCGACAUCGUUGCUUCGGCUGCUGCUCUUAUAGCCACAGUAUGUGCUGAAACGGCAGAGUCCAUUGGCGCAAACAGAGCCCAUGUCGCCUCGGCCGUCAACUCGGGCCUCGCCGCUCAAACCCCUGUUGACAUGAUUACACUUACAGCAACUGCUGCAACAUGUUUAAGAGGAGCUGCGAUACUCAAAUCUAGAGCUAUGGCAUACGACUCUUUAUCAAGGUGUCCAGAACUGCUUGAAGUAGGGGCCCAGUUAGUAGUUGUCACACCUUCUGGGCAUAAAAGACAUAUGCGGGUCUCCAUUUAUUUCAAACGUAAGCAGCUCAUUUUGAGCCUUGAAAAGAAGUUCUUGGGAGUUUUGACAGCAUUAAAGAAGUACAAGAUUUUUCAUGUGACGGAGGAAACUGAGGAAGCUCAUGGCAACUUCUCCAUCAGCCUAAAAAGCCAUAGUGGUGAUAUCAAGGUCUGGUUUGAAGAUGAAAAUCAAUGGUCACUCUGGGUAUCAGUGAUUUCUAAUCUCUUGCAGAUGCAUAAAUCUUAUUGAUAUAUGUUAUCAUAGAAUCUCUACCAAUCAAAAUAAUAAUCAGGUGGUUCUCCUGGCGUUUGUUAAGCUAGUUCCAAAGAUCUCUUUCACUAUGUAUUAAUCCACACUGGUUUACGGCAUUAAUGCAUUAAACUAGUUUUUUCUGUGUGA